GUGGCAUUGUUCCAGAUUUGCGUUCAAGAUUGUAGCUAUCUCGUGGAUGUGGUCACACUUGAAAAUCAGCUUACAGAAGAACAGUGGCUGAAAUUUUUUAAGGCAUUGCUUUGUGACAGUAAUGCCACUAAAUUAGGAUUUGAUUUGGUGAAUGAUAUGAGAGUUGUACGUGCAACGUUCCCGUUUUUGCAACCAUUGCCCGAAAUGAAAAAUCUCAUUUGUAUAUUGAAACUUGUAAACAGCAAGCAGGCUUUUGAUGAUCUCCUUGCAUUUGCCAGUAAUUGGGAUAUUGGAAAUAGCUUUUACUUCGAGAUGUGA